AUGGGUAGCCGAUCAAAGUUUUAUGAUAUACCUGGUACACAUACACCACAUAAUCACAAUGAUUCUACUCCUUUAUUAAGACGUCGUCGUGACUCGUCAUAUUUUAGACGUUCUUCUAAAGGCGGUCUUGAACAACAAACACAACAGCAAUCAUUAGAUGAUGAUAAAGAUGAGAUUAAUAGUGAUAAAUUAGGUACUUUUAAUGGUGUUUUUGUACCCACAGCUUUAAAUGUUUUAUCAAUUUUAAUGUUUCUAAGAUUUGGUUUCAUCUUGGGACAAAUGGGUAUAUUGGGGUCUUUUUUACUUUUAAUCAUGUCAUAUUUUAUUGAUCUUAUGACUACACUUUCAAUUUCUGCUAUUUCAACAAAUGGGACUGUUAGAGGUGGUGGUGCUUAUUAUAUGGUUUCAAGAUCAUUAGGUCCUGAAUUUGGUGGAUCUAUUGGGCUAGUUUUCUAUAUUGGACAGGUUUUAAAUUCUGGUUUAAAUGUUGUUGGUUUUAUUGAACCAUUAUUGGCAAAUUUAGGACAGGAAAAUGGAUUAAUGUUUCAACUACUUCCUGAAGGUUAUUGGUGGGAAUUUCUAUAUUCUACAUCAUUAUUGUUCAUAUGUAUCUGUGUUGCAUUAGUUGGCUCUCAAUUAGUGUCUAAAGCUGGAUUUUUGUUGUUUUUCUUGUUAUUAACUGCAACAAUUUCAAUUCCAAUUUCUGCACUCUUCGUUAAGCCAUUCUAUGUUCCAGAAUUUGAUUUAUUUUACUCUGGCUUAUCAUGGAAUACUUUUAAAGAAAAUUUAUACCCACACUUCACAAAAGGUGCAGCUGGUUCAUUGUUAAAGGGUAAAGAAACAUUUAAUGAUCUUUUUGGUAUCUUUUUCCCUGCUACUGCUGGUAUAUUCGCUGGUGCAAGUAUGUCUGGUGAUUUAAGAAAACCAUCAAAAUCCAUUCCAAAAGGUACUUUAUGGGGUUUACUUCUAACAUUUAUUUGUUACGGUUUAGUCAUUUUAUCUUUAGGUGCAGCGGUCCCAAGAGAAUUAUUACAUAGGGAUAUUCAAAUCAUUCAAACAGUUAAUCUUUCAAGUGCAUUAGUUCUCUUAGGUGAAUUUUCAACAUCUUUAUUUUCUGUCAUUGUGGGUAUUGUUGGUGCUGCUAAUGUUCUACAAGCUAUUGCUAAAGAUGCUAUAUUUCCGGGGUUAAAUAUUUUCAGUAAAGUUGAUAAGAACUCAAAUAAUCCUAUCAAUGCUAUUUUAUUCACUUGGUUAUUAUGUCAAUUAUGUCUUUUUGCUAAUGUUAACCAAAUUGCAACAUACAUUACAAUGGCAUUUUUGAUGACUUUUAUUGUUACGAAUUUAGCUUGUUUCCUAUUGAAAAUCGCAUCAGCUCCAAAUUUUAGACCUUCAUUUAGAUUUUUUGAUUGGCAUACAGCAUUUGUUGGUGGUAUUGCAUGUGCUAUCGCAAUGUUCAUUGUUGAUGGUAUUUCUGCCACUAUUGUUGUUAUCUUUUUAAUUGGAUUGUUCUUGUUCAUUCAUUAUAUUUGUCCUCCAAAACCUUGGGGUGAUGUUUCACAAAGUUUAAUUUAUCAUCAAGUAAGAAAAUACUUGUUGAGAUUGAGACAAGAUAAUGUAAAAUACUGGAGACCUCAAAUUUUAUUAUUAGUGGAUAGUCCUAGAAGUUCAUGGAACUUGAUUCAUUUCUGUAAUCAUUUGAAGAAAGGUGGUCUUUAUAUAUUAGGCCAUGUUAUCGUGAGUGAAAGUUUUCAAACCAAUUUUUCAGAAUUCAAAGAACAACAAAAUGCAUGGAUCAAAUUACGUGAUUUGAGUAAAAUUAAAGCAUUUGUUCAAAUUGGAUUAGGUCCUACUCUACCAUGGGGUGUUAGAAAUGUGUUUUUAGGAUCAGGUCUUGGUGGUAUGAAACCUAAUAUUACAGUUUUAGGGUUCUUUGAUAUGUUGAAGCAUUAUCCAAAGACUGAUAAACACCUUAAAUCACAACAAGGUAAACCACAUACGGGACAUAAUGUUGUUAAUAUUGAAAGUUUACCAACUGAUAAGUGUCGUAAUGAGAAAAGAGUCUCAAUUCAAAAUUGGGUUCAAAUAUUAGAAGAUUUGAUUUUGAUGCAAGCAAAUGUUGCUGUUGCUAAAGGUUUUGAAAAUAUGGAAAUGCCUACAGGAAAACAACAUAGAUUAAGUUACUACAAUAGAGAUUUUAUUGAUUUAUAUCCAAUUCAAAUGACCGCUGAAGUUUUUGAUAAAAAUGGUGAAAAAUCAGCAUCAACUACAAACUUUGAUACAUAUACUUUGAUUCUUCAACUUGGUGCAAUUCUAACUACAGUUCCAAAUUGGAAAAAAACACAUAGAUUAAGAAUUGUUGUUUUUGUAGAGGAUAGGGCUGAUACUGAUAAUGAAAGACAAAGGGUUCAAUCAUUAAUUGAGGUUUUAAGAAUUCGUGCAGAAAUUCUUGUUGUUUGCUUAGCUGAUUUUAAAGUUUAUAAUACAAUUGUUAAAGGAGGAGAUGCAAAUUUAUCACAGAUUGAUUCAGUCUUAGACAAUGAAGAUUGGUGGAAUGAAUUGAAAGGUGCAAGAGAAAAUGAACGUCAAACUAGAUUUAAUAUACCUUCAAUAUCUAUUGCAGCACCUUAUAUUACUGAUAAUCAUGGUUUACAAAACAAAAAAUAUAAACUUUCUAAACUUCAAAAAAUGGGAUUAUCAUUCAGUAUGACUACCAAUAGAUUGUUUAAUGAAGAUAUUCAUAGAGCUGCUGCUGAUACAGAUUCUGAAGAUGAUUCAGAUUAUGAAAGUUAUACCAGUGAAUCAGAAUUUGGUAAUAACAGUUCAAAUUUUGAUCAACUGAGAAGAGUCAGAACAGAACAACCAUACAAAACACCAAGUGCAUCUAAUUCUACAACUUCAUUGGGAAGUCAUCUUAACGUUCCAAAGAAAGGUCAAACUGAUCAAGCUAGACAUAUUGAUAGAAUGCCAUCUUCAUCUUCAACAUUAAACCUUGCUUUACAAUCUGCAAAGAAAAAUAAAAGACCAAAUUUUUCAUCUGAGAAAGUUCCACGUUCAAAAGUCAUUGAUGAUGCUACCGGUGAUGAACCUUCUAUUGUUGUUUUACCAGAUCAAAAACAAAAGAAGGGGAAACAUAUUCCAUAUAUUCCUAAAGCAUCAUAUAAUUCUGGUUCAAAUCAAGAGCCAACUUAUGGAUCAACUAAUCUUAAAGAACCAGUUUCUCCCACAACUUACCCAAACGCAAUUGAAGAUGAAAAUGAAGAAGAAGAAGAAGGUCUUGAUAUUAAUAAUUUGUCAUUCAAUGAUUUACCGGCCAAAGCACAACAUUUGAUUUUGAAUGAUUUAAUGAAAACAAUUUCAAAAAAUGUUCCAGUUAUCUUUUCUACUUUACCUGCACCAGUUAUCGGGACACACUAUAGUGAGGAAGAUUGUAAAGAGUAUUUGGAAAAUUUACAAGUUUGGUGUGAUGAUUUACCACCAAUCUUUUUGAUAAAUUCUCAAUCCAUGACUGUUACUACUGCUUUAUGA